AUGACAAAAAAUGGCCAACAUGACAACACUCAACCAGCUGUUUGAUCUGCCGGGGCAGAUUUGCCAUGUCCAGUGUGGUUUUUGCACCACUAUUUUGCUGGUGAGUGUGCCGUUCACUAGCCUGUCAAUGGUGGUGACAGUGAGAUGUGGGCACUGCACAAGCCUUCUCUCUGUCAAUUUGAUGAAGGCUUCUUUCAUUCCUCUCCAUCUACUCACUUCUCUCUCUCAUCUUGAUGAGGUUCCCGUGACAUAUAUAUUAUGCACGGAAAAAGACGAGGUUGCAGCCACAACAGAUGGUGUGGAAGAAGAAGCAUGGAAGGUGACUCUGGAGAAGGAGAACAGCCCAACGACGUUGGUUACUUCUUCAGACAAUGAAGAUGAAGAUGAAGAUAAAGAUGUGUCUCGUGUUUACCAAGUUGUCAACAAACCACCUGAGAAACGACAACGAGCUCCUUCCGCUUACAAUUGCUUCAUCAAGGAAGAGAUCAGGAGGUUAAAGGCUCAGAAUCCAAGCAUGGCUCACAAGGAAGCUUUCAGCUUAGCUGCCAAAAAUUGGGCUCAUUUCCCUCCAGUUCAAAACAAGAGAACUGCCUCAGAUCAAUGUUUUUGUGAGGAAGACAACAAUGUGCUACUAUCAUGCAAUGCUCUGGAGGACCAUGAGGUAAGCAAUAAUGGCUUCCGAGAGAGAAAGGCUCAAAGGCAUUCCAUUUGGGGAAAAUCUCCAUUUGAGUAAUAACAAUUUGGCAUUGUGAAAUGUGAUGGUGACUAUUUUCUUCUAGGGUUUGAUUUUGUUGCUUUAGGGUUUGUGGUAUCUGAGAGAGAAGAGAUGGUAAGAAUCUGAAACGUACGUAGGAUUUGGGUGUUCGAGGAGAGUCUUGGGAAUGAGCGAGUUUAUUCA